AGCAGUGACUUGUCAUGCAAAUUGUGCACUUACAAGAGUUGGCAAGUCACAUUUGACAGGUGUCAACCCAACAAAAAGACUUUGACGAAGCUGAACCAGUCCACGCGCGUGAGAAAUGGCACCGGAGGCCAAAAGCAGAGCAAGAGGGGGAGGAGGAAGAAGCGGCAAAGCCACAGAUUCUGGUGCAGCAGCUGCCGUGGCCAGCGCAGUUGACCUCCUGCUAGAGAUCCUGAUGCGCCUCCCGGCAAGACCCCUUCACCGAUUCAAAUGCGUAUCUAAACAAUGGUACUCUCUCAUCUCUGACCCCCAAUUUAGAAUCGAUUACGUCCAAAAGAACCCUAAUGAUCUUUUGGGUUUGCUGCUGAUUAUUCAAGGUCCAUACUCUGAAUUUUCGUUCAUUUCCCUUAGAGGCUGUGGCCAAAUUGUUAAAGACCCAAAAUUUUUAAGCACCCCCAAUCUCAAAAUUCAUCAUUUCUGUAAUGGGUUGAUGUGUUUUUCCAAGCCUCACAUGGAUUCACCUCAGUUUACUUCUUAUUAUGUUUGUAAUUCUGCUUCCGGGCACUCGAAAAGAAUUCGGGUUCUUGAGAGCUCGACCAGAAAGAGAUUGAUGGCUGUUAAUGUGGCUUUUGAUCCUUCAAAGUCACCCUUCUACAAUGUCGUUUUUGUUAGUGAAGAAUCCGGGUCGGAACUGAACCAUCUGAUCAAAAUUGAUAUAUACUCAUCCGAGACCGAGGCUUGGAGACCCAGCAGCAAGGGGCUGUACAUUGUGCCUUAUGAUGUGGAUUUUGACAAUGGGGUUUACUGGAAUGGGGCAAUUUAUUGGUAUCAUCAAGGGAAAAACUCUUUGGCAUAUUUUGAUUUGGAUACCGGUUGCCUUGAAAGAUUACGAAUGCCACUGCUUUCUCUGGGAUCGUAUCCCAUGGUUUUCGACCAUUUUGGAGAAUCAGGUGGCCAUCUGCAUCUUGUUGGGAUCUGCAGUCCAAGGACUACUCUGUUCACUGUGUUUGAAAUGCAGCAGGAUAGGUCCGGUUGGUUUGUGAAGUGUAAUGGUGAUUUGGAUGCCGUAGCAGCUUCUUUCCCGAAGAUGGUUACCCUUAAACCCAGUAACCCUUAUGUGUUUUCUGCAGUGAGCCUUAUUAGAGAAGAAAAAGAAGAGGAGCUGAGUAUUGUGCUAACGAUACCUGGGAGUGUGGUCAGAUAUGAUGUCAAGCAUAAGACAUCAAGGAAGCUCUGUGAUCUUCCAAAAGGCUGUAUGUUCAAUGACUUUACGGCUAUACAGAGGAGGGUUAAGGCGCAUCAAUACAUCGAGACCCUUGAUUCCAUCUGAAAGCUGUGCUUCUCUGGUAUCUCCUCUUUCCACCUUGACCAGGUUGUAAAUUGGAAAAUCAAAACUGUUGCAAAGAAGUUUAGUUGAAGUAUAUUGCUUUCUAAUGAACUGAGAUUAACUAUGCUUGUUGCGUCUAAUUUAAAGCCUUAAAAGCUUGAGCAUAUUUGUGACCAUGUUGAAAUGUUUAAUAACCAUGUGACCGAGGCUCACUGCUAUUUCCCAACACCUGUAAAAUUGAUUUAUGAAUGGAAUUAAAUAUGCAGUAUUUAUCGACCAAA